CAUGCCAACCCAGGCUCUGCUGCUUCUCUUCCUCCUCUGUGAGCUUCUGCUGCAGGCCCAGGGAGGGCACCGGAAACUGAAGACGAUGCAGAAAAUAGAGCUGAUCAAAGAAAUCGAGGUCUGUGAAAAGCAUACCAACAUAUAUAUGUGCAGACGCCCCUGUGAAUAUCACCAAGAUUGUCAAGCAAAUAACAUAUGUUGUUCAACCUUCUGUGGGAAUAUUUGCAUGAGCCUGCAGUGA